CCUCUUCUUCCUCCCGCCCACCGCCUCCCAGUCCCAACCAAGCAACCGCCCAUGGCGGCCAAGCACCUCCUCUCCCGCGCCCGCCUCCUCACUACCCACCGCAUCCGCCCCACAAUCCUCCCGCCCGCGCUCACCCGCUUCCUCUUCGGCGGGGCCGAGAGGACCCAACCGGAGGACAAGGCCAGGGCGGCGGCGGCCGCGGCCGUCGCCUUGGAGGCCAGCGCCAAGAGGGCCAAGCGGGACGGGUCGGACGACGACGAGGAGGACGCCGGCCUCACCUGGAGGGCCUGGAGACCCGACGUCGCCUGGCUCACCAAGGCCCUCGAGCCCGCCCUGCAGGUCUACAAGCAGUACAACUGGAAGCCUUUCGCUUCUACCAGUGGAGGGAACAGCAUCCCCGAAAGCACCCGGUCUUUUAGUGAGGUCCUUAGUGACCUCCAGCGCAGUAAGGUAAGCAUAAAGGACUGGAGCCUCAGCGAUCUUACCGUCGGUCUCUACCUCAUUUACCUUAGCCAAGCUUCUGCAAAGAACGCAGAAGCCUUCAAGGGUGUUCAGAUAUCCUCCAAUAAGAAGGUUCAAGAACUAAUUUAUCACCUUGAACUUGCGAGAGGUUGCUAUAAGUCCAGUGCAGAUGUGCUUGCACGGCAUAGCAUGCUUCGCAAGAGGAAUGUUCUAAAGUUUGUGAAAGACUCUAGUAUUUUAAGACCUGGGUACUACAUUGCUAUCGAUCCACGUGCUAAAUUGGUCAUCCUUGGGAUUCGGGGAACUCAUACGGUCUAUGACCUUGUUACCGAUUUGGUUGCUCUGAGCGAUAAGAAAGUAUCGCCUAGAGGUUUCUCGACACACUUUGGAACAUACGAGGCUGCUCGAUGGUACCUUCGCUGGGAGUUGAAAAUUAUCAGCCAGUGUUUGGAGAAGCACAAGGACUACAAGUUGCGGUUAGUAGGUCACUCCCUUGGUGGAGCUUCAGCUGCCUUGCUUGCUAUAAUGCUAAGGAAGAAGUCAAAGGAGGAGCUUGGAUUUAGUCCUGACAUUAUUUCAGCUGUUGGAUUUGGAGUCCCACCUUGUGUAUCAAGAGAAAUAGCCGAGAGUUGCGCCAGCUAUGUAUCUACGGUUGUACUGCAGGAUGAUAUAGUUCCUAGGUUAAGUGCAGCUUCACUGGCGAGACUGCGAAAUGAAAUAAUUGAAACAGAUUGGGAAAAAGUUUUGGAAAAGGAAGACUGGAAGCAUAUAGUGGAUAUUGUGACCAACGCUAAGCUAGUCGUUACGUCCAUUCAAGAUGUGGCGAACAAGCUUGCUGAUUACGCGAAGGUUGUAACAACAUCAGCUAGCUCUGAUGUCAUUACAAAAUCAUCACCGCCCCGUCUCCAGAGCCCAACAGAAGUUCCGAAACCAGACAGCGAAGAAGACGUGUACGUGCCCGAGGACCUCUUCCUCCCCGGGACGCUGUACUACCUCAAGAGGGACGUGGAGGUCGUAAACGGCAGCGAGGACGAGUCAUACACGCUCUGGAGAGGCGACGCUGGGGAGAAUUUCCAGCGGAUACUGUUGUCUGGCAAUUUGAUAUCUGAUCACAAGUGCGAGAACAUACAGCAUGCGCUCAGAGAUGUUCUCAAGACUCAGCCUCUCCAGGAGGAGUGAUCGGUACUGGCUUUCUUUUCAAAGCUUUUGAGCCGCCUGGAUCGUAUGUGUGUAGUUUUUGAUCUCCAUAUGAAGUAGGAAGGCUGCUUUGAGCAAAUUGAGGGUUUUGUUUGUUGUACAGCUGUAGCUUUUGUAAGGGUUUGACAAGAAUAAUAAUACGGUGGAGAACUUCCAAGUUGCA